CAGCUCCCCCCACCAUCUCCCAAGAGGCUGCUUCUCUCCAUGCAAGGGUAAGACCUCAACCUGCAAAGUGAGAUGGGGCAUCCCUGCUCCAGGGAUGCUCCACAUGUGUCAGACCUGGGUGAUGUUCCCAUAGGCAUGUCUGCAGCCACCCCAACCAGAGCUGAUAUGAGCUGAGUCAGGGCUGGCUGCAACCCCCCCUCCUCCCUCCUGCUUGCAGGAGCUGUGUUAAGGGAAGAAAUGCAAAAGGCAUUGAGGGUGAGAGCAGAACCAGAGGCAGCCUGGAGCAGUACUGUGCCCUUCUCUGUUGCCACUGGCCUUUGUGGGCUGAAAGCUGUUUAUUUGCAUCAAACCUGCAGGAAAUGAGUUCUUCCAGGAGUUUCUGUCCUUGCUUGCAGUUGUCAAAGGGAUUUGAGUGUGCCAAAGUGCUGGCAUGAUCAUUGUUUCUGCAGGAAAUGGUGUAACACAAGGCUUGUUCUGCCUCCUCUGAGCCUCCCUGCCAAAGUGUAGGGGCUGGAAAGCUUUCCUGGAUGGCGUGCUCCUCCCGGCAUCAUGUCCAGUGGGAAUAGAGGCCUUGAGAUGGGCUUAUUUCGAAGCCAGGAGCUGCUGAGGCUGGAGGAGAUGCUCUAAGCACGAGCAGCUGCCUUCACCCCAUCUCCCUGGGGCUGCUGCAUGGUGACCUUGGCAGGCACCACUGCAGUAACAUGAGCUCCUGGGGGGAAACCCAUCCACGUGGGCCAGUGGUGCCUGGCCAGGAAGUGCUGCCUGGGCAUCCUCCAUGGCAGGAGAACGGAUGGCUGGUGGGACAGCACGCCUACGCUCUCCAGUGAGGUUUGUAGUGCUGCCUCAAUUUCCCCAGGCUCAUUCUGUCCUGCUAGCAGCACUCAGGGGAAGAGCAGAAAGCUGUCCCCAGGUCUCACAGUCCUGUCACGAACGCAAAGGUCAUGUCCUCUGUCCUCACGCUGCCACUCUGGGGUCUGGUGGGUGUCAGCUCCUGCUCUGCUUGGCUGGAUGCCUUAUCCUAUGUCUGCCUAGGAAGGAAGAGGUUAAAAUGCCUGGAUUUCCUGACUCUGAUGCUGGGAGGGAAGGUGACCUGCAGAAUUGCUUUGCAAAGCACAGUUCUGGUGUUGCGAAACUCCUGGGUGAGACCAAACUUGAAACACAGCUAGAAUUCAGUUUUUCCAGCCCAAAUUUAAGCCCAGGCUUAACCAAGUUGUUUUCCCUGCCCCCACGCCUCCCCCCCAGGGCAGCUUGGCUCAUUCAUGGCAUCCUUCCCACUCCAGUGUCCCACUGCAGGGGUGGCUGCCACCUUUGGGGUGCCGCCAAGUGCCCAAGGUAACAUUGAGUGGCAAGAGGGCAAAGAGCGGUGGUUCAAAGGUAGGAGCACUCCGUAAUCCUGAGCCGGAUCCUCCUUGGCAGUGCCGUGUCUCCACCAGCUGCUUUGCUGGGGUGGGGGAGCCUUUCACAGCCCCAGGGCUUGGCGACUGACUGGAAAGGGCAAAGCUUUGUUCUUCAUGCUUGGGCUGGCAAGACAGAGGGUGGCACAGGCUGAUGCUGGGGGGAUGGUGCUGGGAGCAGGAGACAGAUGUAAGGAGUGCCAGUCAUGCCAGGGGCAGGGGGUUUUGGUGUGCCCAGGGGAAAUGUGCUGCACCGCCCUUCCCCUGGGUUCCUUGGCAUUAUGGGGCCAUUCAUAUGGUGGUUUGACUUUUUUUGUUUCCUCACCGGUGCUUCCUCUGUGCUAAUCUGCUUCCACCUGCUCUGGGAGUGGCAGAGGUGGAGGUGAGGGAGAGUCUCCUCACUCCCAGUUGCUGAAGCCAGGCUGGCAGGACGGAUCCAAUCCUGCUGCCUCCUGCCCCAGGGCUGAUCUUGCUGGGUUUUGGGGCAGCUGUGUUGGUUCCUAAAGCCAGGAGCCUCUUCCCAGCCCCCCCAGCAAGGCCAAGGGUGAAGAGGAAGGAAGCGGUGUCUGCUCCAAAACAGCUUGCUCUGCUCUCAGCUGCUGCAGGCUUUCGGGUGGCGUGGGAUGAGCGUGCCAGCUGAUGAGCCGGGCAACGUCGCCCAUGCCAUCUUUGAAAGGUUCCUGCAUGCAGGGGAGUGCCAGGAGGUGCUGGGCUGCUUUGAGGAGCUGUGCCAGCAGCUGGGGCUGCAGGGCAGUGGGCUGCAGCUCUACCACAGCCUCAAGGCUGCCCUCAACUACUGGAGUGCCAAGGCCCUGUGGAGCAAGCUGGAUAAGAAAGCCGGGCACAAGGUUUACGACCAGGGCAAGGCCUGUGCCAGCACCAAGUGCCUGGUGGUGGGAGCCGGCCCCUGCGGGCUGCGGGCGGCCAUCGAGCUGGCGCUGCUGGGUGCCCGCGUGGUGCUGCUGGAGAAGCGGGACUCCUUCUCCCGCAACAACGUCCUGCAUCUCUGGCCCUUCACCAUCCAUGACCUGCGGGCACUGGGCGCCAAGAAGUUCUAUGGGCGCUUCUGCACCGGCACGCUGGAUCACAUCAGUAUCCGGCAGCUCCAGCUGAUCCUGCUGAAGGUGGCUUUGCUCCUGGGGGUGGAGGUGCACAUCAAUGUGAAGUUUGAGGGCCUUGUUCCCCCCACACGCAAGGCAGGUGCCUGGCAAGCUGUGGUGCAGCCCAGUUCCUCUCCCCUCACCCACUACCAGUUUGACGUCCUCAUCUCAGCUGGCGGUGGCAAAUUUGUCCCUGAAGGGUUCAAGCGGAAGGAGACACGGGGGAAGCUGGCCAUCGGCAUCACCACCAACUUCAUCAACCGCCACAGCCAGGCCGAGGUGGAGGUGGCUGAGAUCAGUGGUGUGGCCCGAAUCUACAACCAGAAGUUCUUCCAGAACCUCUACAACAAAACGGGCACUGACCUGGAAAACAUUGUAUACUACAAGGACGACACUCACUAUUUUGUCAUGACGGCCAAGAAGCAGAGCCUGCUCAAGAAAGGAGUCAUCCUCCAGGACAAAGCAGACAUCGAGAGCCUCCUGUCCCCAGAGAACGUGAACCAGGAUGCCCUCCUCAGCUAUGCCAAAGAAGCUGCCAACUUCUCCACCAACUACCACUUGCCUGAACUGGAGUUUGCCCUCAACCACCGGGACCUGCCGGAUGUUGACAUGUUUGACUUCACCUGCAUGACACGCUCGGAGAAUGCGGCGCUGGUGCGGGAUCACAAUGGGGCUCGUCUGCUCCUGGGGCUGGUGGGCGACUGCUUGGUGGAGCCCUUCUGGCCGCUGGGCACUGGGGUGGCAAGGGGAUUCCUCGCCGCCUUUGACGCAGCAUGGAUGGUGCGGCGGUGGGCAGCUGGGACCCCCCCACUGGAGGUGCUGGCCGAGAGGGAGAGCAUCUACCAGCACCUCUCACAGACCUCCCCAGACAACACCAGCAAGAACAUCAGUCAGUACAGCAUCGACCCGGCCACACGCUACCCCAACAUCAACCUGCAGGCCAUCAAACCCAGCCAGGUCCGAGACCUCUACCUUGUGGGCAUAGAGGAGGUGGACCACAAGAGGAAGAGUGACAACCGGCUCAUCACCGCAGCCUCUGGAGACGUCUACGAAGAGCUGCUGAGCUGGUGCCAGGCCAGCACAGCUGGGUACCGUGGCGUGGCAGUGACCAACUUCACCACCUCCUGGACCAGUGGCUUGGCCCUCUGUGCCCUCAUCCACCGCUUCCGCCCUGACCUAGUGGACUUUGACUCUGUGGGCACCCAGGAUGCCAUUCAGAUCCACCAGAUGAUGCUGGACAUGGCAGAACAGGAGCUGGGCAUCCAGCCUGUCCUCUCCAGCAUUGAGAUGGCCACCAUGACAGAGCCUGACCACCUGGGCCUCAUCACCUACCUCAGCCAGUUUUAUGAAGCUUUCAAGACCUCACCAGAGGUAGAGGAGGUCAGCAAGAAACCACUGUCUCCCCACGGCACACGAGGGGCCAUCCUCUUCCUCAGCAAGCUGCAGAAGAGCCGGAACCUGACACGCAAACGCGCCCAGGACAGUGCCCAGAAGGAUGCUGAGGCCAAGAGGAGCCACAGGGACACCGAGCUGGACACGGGGCUGGAUGGAGACACUCUGGACAGUGCCCAUGAGCCGCUGCAAACCACCAUGACGGACCCAGGGCAGCCACCGAGAGAGAGGGCAGGGGAGAACAGCGAUGCCUGCUACUUCUGUGGCAGCCAUGUCUACAUCCUGGAGCGAGCCAGUGCCGAGGGACGUUUCUUCCACCGUGGCUGCUUCCAGUGCCGGCGGUGUGGGGCCACCCUGCGCCUGGGCGACUACGCCUUUAACGAGGAGGAUGGUAAUUUUUACUGCUCACUUCACUACCCCAAUCUACCUGGCAUGGACCUAUCCCAGCACGAGGCCCCAGCACUGCCGGAUUUAGGGGAUGCUGAUGCUGCCACCGACCCACCCUUGGAUGCUGGGAGCCCAUGUGUGUCCCCCAAGGAGGGGGCGCCUGGUCCCCUACAGCCCACUCCAGCAGCUCCACAGCAAGGGGAAGAGCCUGGCGCAGUGGAGGAUGCUGCGGAUGCUGGUGAUGUGGAGGAGCAGGAGCUGCUGGCACAGCCCGGGGGGGAUGCAAGGGAGGAGGAGGGUCCUGGAGCAGAACUCCAGGGGGUGGCAGAGGAGGGUGAGGAGAGUGGGGGCAGGAGGAAGAUCAUCCUUACACCGCUGGAGAAGCUCAGUCUGUCCACCCUGAAUCUCACCAGCGAAGCAGAGCCUGAUCCUCCACCGAAGCCAGCUCGUCUGUGGCUCCAAGCAGUGCCUGAGGCCCUCCCUGCCCCAUGGCAGGGUCAAGACUGCUGGAAGGAGGAGGAGGAGGAGGAGGAACUUGACAUGCAGAAAACUUUGGAGGAGAGCGACAGCGAGGAAGAGGAGGAGGAGGAGAAAGAGGAGGAAGGCACAGACCUUGGCAUCAUGGCAGAGUUGUGCCUGAACCUGGGCAAAGAGGAUAUGUACUCCACCUGUGAGCACACACUGUCCCGCCGGGCCAGGGAAGCCCACAUGAAGCGGUUCUGCAAAGCCCAGGCCAUCCAGAGACGGCUGGAGGAGAUUGAGGUGACAUUCCGGGAACUGGAGCAGGAAGGCAUCAAACUGGAGAAAUUACUCCGGGAUGAGAAUGGCAGCCCAGCUGACCAGCAGACACAGUGGACAAACCAGCUGCUGUACUUGGUCCAGAAGAAGAACAGUCUGAUGACUGAGGAGUCAGACCUCAUGAUUGCGGUGCAGGAACUGAAGCUGGAGGAGCAGCAGUGGCAGCUUGAUAAGAAGCUCCGGAGUUACAUGAACAGGGAGGAAACCCUAAAGACACCCGAGGAUUGCAGGGCUGAGCAGGAGACUCUGGCGCAGCUGUUGAAGGUGGUGAAUGAGCGCAACCUCCUCAUCCACAUCCAGGAGGAGAAGCGGCUCAGUGAGCUGCGGGCCUGAUCCUCACAGCCCCUGGACCCACCAGAUCCUCCCUGGGGGGACAAGCAGUGUGUGUGUGUGUGUGUGUCUCCUGGUACAAGCAUCACUCUGAGCAGCCUCUGUGAUGGUCGUGAUGCCUGAGCUGCUUGCAAGCACCAGCAGCUGCCAUGGCGAAUCCAGCUCCCUGCUUGCCAAAGCCUGUCACGGGAGGGCCAGACCUGCUGGUGGAUGCCCACAUGGAGAGACACUGAGAAGCACCCAGCUUUGGGGUGCAAAGAGGGUGUUCUCGCAUGUGGCUGGAUUGCCUUUGCCUUGUGCUUGCUUGAAAAUAAGAUUUGCAGGGGGCUCCACGGGUGCCCAGCAGCAAGGAGGUGACCGUAGCCACCACAGGCAGGUCACAGGGGAGAUGUCAAAUGUGCAGGGGCAGCAUCAGGACAGGUCCCUGGAAGCUACCCUGGGACAUCCCUUCCAGCUGAGGGCAUCCAUCCCAGCCUGGACUGUCCAUCUCUUCAAGGGACAUUUGGCUUUACAAGUGGGGGCCAGUGACAGAUUGGGCUGAUCCUGCCACUCUGCAUAGCUGCUUUUGCAUGCCAUGUCCAUGCUGUCCCCAGCUGCUGCAGGAAACCAGGAUCACAACCCCACCAUGAGCCCCUUGGGGCAGGGAAGGGCAUUUUGUCCAUAUUGUGCCCAAUCACUCUGUGAUACCAAGGACAAGGGACGCCAGUGGCCAUGUCCUCCUUGCCCCUUUCAGGUUUCUCCUGCUUGGCAAUGCCACAAUGGCCUUUGCACAGACCUCAGACCCCCUAGAGUCUCCAGGUGUUGCAGGGUGGCCUCUGUGGCUGAAUGGAUCUUGCAGCAGCCCCAGACAUGUUGGGGACGGGGGUCCCAGGCAUGGGUUCUUAGCAAUACCACCCUGUGUUCAGCCCUUAUCCUGCCAUUCCCCUCAGUGUCUCCUCCAGCUCUCCCUGGUGUUUGUACCAGCCCUACCAUCCUGUUGCAGCCCCCCUCCUUUCUAAUAAAGCCCCCUGACCCGGCACCAAGGGCUAAAAUACCA